AUGACAGCUGAAGAAAUUCUUAAACAACUAAGAAAUAAUAUAAAAGUUGAUGGUAAAAAAAAUAUUAUUAAUGUGGACAGGAACAAUGUGUUGGCCACUAAAGAUUCAUUCAGAAGAGAAAAAUUCAUGGCUGACCAGCCAUUAUUUGUAAGAUUUUCGGGAGAAAAAGGAAUUGAUGACGGUGGUCCAUCAAGGGAAUUCAUGAGAAUGAUUAUGAAAGCAGUGUCGGAGUCUGCAAUAUUUGAAGGGGAGUCCAGAAGGAAGAUGCUGUUGCAAAACCUGUUAGCUGAAGAGAACGGUGAUUAUGAGACCUAUGGGAUGAUAAUAGCUUAUUGCUUGGUGCAUGGUGGACCAGCACCAAGAUUUAUGUCAGAGUUCAUGUUUGGGCUUUUGGCCUAUGGGCCGGAUUCAGCAGAUCCAACCAUAGAUGACAUUGUUGAUGAUGAAUACAAGAAACAAGUUCAACAGAUUGAAAUGUCAACAGAUAUUUCAUCUUUUUUUGAUGCUGUUGAUCCAAUGAGGCCACUUUUGGAUUAUAUUGGUGCUCUUCCAUUAGCUGUGCCAAAAAGAAAAAAUGAGCUUGUCCAUGCUUUAUGUAGGCAUAUAGCUGUAACAUUGAGGAUUGAGAAGUCACUUAAACAGUGA